AUGAAGCUCACUACCACCCUUUUGCCGCUCCUCCUUUCUUCUCUUGCCACGUCCAGCUCCCUUUCCUUUUUCGGUAGCAAUCAACAAGUACUUGAUGACGACCUCAAAGUGCCUGGUGACAACCCACUCGAAUUCUGCGCUAAGAGUGACGACUUCAUUCUCACCAUCAACAACGUUGACCUAGAACCAAAUCCUCCUUUGCCUGGCAAGACACUCACCAUCAAGGCCAAGGGUAACUUCACAGAAGAGGUCGAGCAAGGCGCAUACGUCGUCCUGGUUGUCAAGUAUGGCUUGAUUCGUUUGAUCAACCAACAAGCCGAUCUUUGCGAGCAGAUGAAGAGUGCCGUCGAUGAGGAGUGUCCAUUGAUCGGAGAGAAGACUAUCACAAAGGAUGUGGAUCUACCAAAGGAAAUUCCACCUGGCCAUUAUACCGUGUCUGCAGAUGUCUACACCGAAGAUCAUGUAAAGGUCACAUGCUUGACCGCAUCGAUCAAAUUUUGA